CUGAUACGUACUUAAUUUUUUUUUAUCUAAAUAACAGAGCAGGGGAAAAGUGUUUUGUUAAUUGUUUCAAUUAUAUAUCUUGGCCUAUCUUUAGACUCUCUGAGUUAAAUUAAAAUGGAGAAGACUAAAGAUGACUCGGAAUCUCCCAUGGAAAACGGGCAAGGGGCAACGCGAAAUGAACAUGAUCAUGAAGACAUUAUUGUUAAAACAACGGAAGAGGAUCUCAAUAUGUACAGACUUUUAUAUAAUGUGGAAGAUACUCCAGAGAUCGGAUUUACUAUACUUGCAGCAUUACAGCAAGCGAUCUUAUCGAUCUCGGGAUGUAUCAUCCAGCCUUUGAUAAUCGUCAGCAUGAUUUGUGCCUCGGAUGACGUGGAUGCGAGAUCACAAAUCGUCUCCACAUCUCUUUGUAUGGCGGGAUUAGCUACAAUUCUCCAAUGUACCUUUGGAGUCAGGUUACCGAUAAUCCAAGGUGGCUCCAGUUCUUUCUUUCCAGCCAUAGCGGCCAUCAUGGCGUUGGAAAAAUUGAGAUGCAAGUCCGUAGAUCACAUCUCGCUUGCAAUUGCUGUCAAUAGUACGGGCACAAAUCCUUUGAACAUGACAAUUGUGGAAAAUACAUCACAGCCUUAUAAUCCAGAGAUGUGGAAGCUAAGAGCAUCCGAGGUUUCAGGAUGUUUAAUGAUGGCGUCACUUGUUCAAAUUGUGAUAGGAGCAAGUGGGAUUCUAGGAUUAAUACUGAAGUUUGUAGGACCUUUAACAAUAACACCGGUCAUCGCUCUAGUUGGUUUAUCAUUGACAGAUGCGGCCUAUCUUAACAGUCAAUCUCAAUGGGGCAUCGCCUUUCUGACUGCUACACUUAUUCUUCUAUUUGCCGUGUACCUUGGUCGCGUGAAAGUACCAGUGCCCUCCUACAAUAGGAAAGAAGGGUGUACCACCUCAAGCUUCACUCUGUUUAGUAUCAUCGCUUAUAUCCUUGGCAUUAGUAUUGCUUGGGGGUUCUGUGGCAUCCUCACAGUUACUAACGUGUUCCCCGAUGACCCUAACAGUCCUACAUACAAUGCAAGAACGGAUGCAAGGGUACAGUCCAUCAAAGAGGCUUCUUGGUUCUUUUUUCCAUAUCCUGGACAGUUUGGAAGACCUACAUUCAACAUUGGAGGGUUUGUUGGUAUCCUAGCAGCGGUGUUGUGUUCUAUUGUCGAGUCGGUUGCAGACUACAACACUGCGGCCAGAAUUUGUGAUAUCCCUCCGCCGCCACAGCACGCCAUUAAUCGAGGUAUUCUUAUAGAAGGCAUUGCUAGUCUCAUUUCUGGCGCAGUUGGUGUUUGUCACGCAACGACUUCAUACAGUGGCAAUAUCAGUGCCAUUGGAAUAACAAGAGUUGGAAGCAGAAUCGUUUUUCAACUAGCUGGAGGCAUAAUACUACUGGCUGGGAUGUUUGGCAAAUUUGGUGCUGUCAUGGCGUGUAUCCCCGACCCUGUGCUGGGUGGGUCAAUCUUUGUCUUAUUCUCUCUCCUUACGGCGCUCGGCUUAUCAAGUCUUCGAUAUGUUGAUAUGAGGUCAACAAGGAACCAUGUGAUUCUUGGAACAAGUCUUUUUGGAGGCUUGAUGUCAGCCACGUGGAUGAAGUUACAUCCAGGUGUCAUCAAAACAGGGAGUUCCGAGAUUGAUCAACUACUCGAUGUUUUCUUUGGUACAGCAAUGUUUGUAGGUGGGACAUUUGGAUUUGUACUUGAUAACACUGUUCCUGGUACACCUGAAGAACGUGGGCUUGUUGCCUGGAGACAGGAUCAUGAUAUCAAGAAAGAGGAAAGAAACGACAGCAUGGCAGAAAGUGAGAACAAGACCUACGAUUUGCCACUUAUAACACCUUGUUUAAAGCGUACAUCAAUGUGCGCUUGUAUCCCAUUUUUACCAUCGUUCAAACCGUCUGUAAUAUUUAAAAGAUGUCACAGGAAAAGGGAUAUUAGUAAUAGAGGACAAAAUGAUACAGAGCAAGAAAUGGGAUUGGUAAAUAACCUGUAAAGAUUCUGUUCACGAUAGAUGAAACAUAAAUAUUGCAGCGUGGGAAUACUAAACAUUCUAUCCAAAGUGUAGCCACAGGUGGGUCAAGGUUACUCCCAUAAAUGUGGGGUUGAAUUUUCAAAUAGCACCAUAACUACUAGCCUUGCCCAGGUCGGUCUC